GAGAGGUAUGAACUAGAGAGGCUGCUAGUAGACGCACUGAGGAUAGUGGCUUUGAAAUUUGAAAUUUGAGAUAAAGAAAAGUAGUGAGAAUAGUAUUUUACUGAACUGAAAAGUUAGCUGAGUUUUCCCAAACAAGGGAAAAGAGUGAAGUGACGGUGCCAUCUCUCCUGCGACAGUUCUUUCAGGAACCAUGAGUAGUUUCCUGAACGGUGCUUCACCGAUGCAGCAAGCGGCGGAGACGGAGAGGGAGAGUGAUAUUGAGGCUGGUCCUACCACUCACCGCUCCACUGACCUCGAUGAUGGAGAUUUAUCCGAUCCGUUUGAUAUUGCCAGAACUAAGAAUGCUUCCAUUGAACGCCUCAGGCGUUGGAGGCAAGCAGCACUUGUGCUUAAUGCUUCUCGUCGAUUUCGUUAUACCUUGGACUUGAAAAAAGAAGAAGAGAAGAAGCAAAUAUUGAGAAAGAUUCGAGCGCAUGCACAAGCCAUUAGAGCAGCUUAUCUUUUCAAAGCAGCUGGUGGGGUGCCAGGAAAUGAACCUAUUAAACCUCCUCCGACCCCAAUUGCUGGUGAAUUUCCAAUUGGACAAGAACAACUUGCUUCAAUUUCGAGGGAGCAUGACACUACUGCUCUGCAACAAUAUGGAGGGGUUGUAGGAUUAUCAGUUUUGUUGAAAACCAAUUUAGAGAAGGGAAUUCAAGGUGAUGAUGCUGAUUUACUGAAACGUAGGAAUUCAUUUGGUUCCAACAAUUAUCCUCGGAAGAAAGGAAGAGGUUUUCUGAUGUUUAUGUGGGAUGCUUGUAAGGACCUGACCUUGGUUAUUUUAAUGGUAGCUGCAGCAGCUUCACUGGCACUUGGGAUAAAAUCUGAGGGUAUUAAGGAAGGAUGGUAUGAUGGGGGAAGCAUUGCUUUUGCAGUUAUUCUUGUUAUUGUUGUUACAGCUAUAAGUGAUUAUAAGCAGUCUCUUCAGUUUCGAGACCUAAAUGAAGAGAAGAGAAAUAUACACUUGGAGGUUAUUAGAGGCGGUAGAAGGGUUGAGAUCUCUAUAUAUGAUAUUGUUGUUGGGGAUGUUAUACCCCUAAAUAUUGGUGACCAGGUCCCUGCUGAUGGAAUUCUUAUCAGUGGUCACUCUCUUGCAAUUGAUGAAUCAAGUAUGACUGGGGAGAGCAAAAUUGUCCAUAAAGAUUCUAAGGAUCCUUUUCUGAUGUCUGGAUGUAAAGUUGCUGAUGGCAGUGGCACAAUGCUGGUUACGGGUGUUGGUAUCAAUACUGAAUGGGGGCUUCUAAUGGCUAGCAUCUCUGAAGAUACUGGUGAAGAAACACCAUUGCAGGUUCGCUUAAAUGGUGUAGCUACUUUCAUUGGUAUUGUUGGACUCUCUGUUGCUGUUGUCGUCCUGGUUGUGCUACUGGCUAGAUAUUUCUCUGGGCAUACUGAAAACCAGGAUGGUUCGCCUCAAUUUAAAGCUGGCAAGACUAAAGUUGGUGAUGCUGUUGAUGGUGCAAUUAAGAUAGUAACUGUUGCGGUCACCAUCGUUGUGGUUGCAGUUCCGGAGGGGCUCCCAUUAGCAGUUACUUUAACGCUGGCCUACUCGAUGAGAAAAAUGAUGGCAGAUAAAGCUUUGGUAAGGAGGCUUUCUGCCUGUGAGACCAUGGGCUCUGCCACAACCAUAUGUAGUGAUAAGACUGGCACAUUGACUAUGAAUGAGAUGACUGUGGUUGAGGCUUAUGCUGGGGGUAAGAAAAUUGAUCCUCCCCACGAAUUGGAGAAUACUAUGCUUCGCUCCCUGCUCAUUGAGGGUGUUGCGCUGAACACUAAUGGUAGUGUUUAUGCACCUGAGGGUGCUAAUGAUGUUGAGGUUUCUGGAUCACCAACGGAAAAGGCAAUUUUACAUUGGGGAAUACAGCUUGGGAUGAAUUUUACGGAUGCUAGAUCAAAGACAUCAAUUAUUCAUGUUUUUCCAUUCAAUUCAGAGAAAAAGAGAGGCGGUGUUGCAUUACAAACGGCCGACUCUAACAUCCAUAUACACUGGAAAGGUGCUGCCGAGAUAGUCCUAGCCUGCUGUACUGGCUAUAUUGAUGCAAACGACCAGCUGGUGGGGAUGGAUGAAGAGAAGAUGUCAUUUUUCAAAAAGGCUAUUGAAGACAUGGCUGCUGAUAGUCUACGUUGUGUUGCCAUUGCAUAUAGAUCAUACGAAAAGGAAAAAGUUCCAACUAAUGAAGAACUACUUGCUCACUGGUCUUUACCGGAGGAUGAUCUUAUUUUACUGGCUAUUGUUGGUCUUAAGGAUCCUUGCCGACCUGGUGUAAAAGAUGCAGUGCUACUUUGUCAAAAGGCUGGGGUUAAGGUGAAAAUGGUCACUGGUGACAAUGUGAAAACUGCAAAAGCAAUUGCUGUGGAAUGUGGAAUACUUGGUUCAUUCGCUGAUGCUACAGAACCAAACAUCAUUGAAGGAAAAACAUUUCGUGGCCUGUCAGAUGCAGAGAGAGAUGAAAUUGCUGAUAGGAUAUUGGUAAUGGGACGGUCAUCUCCCAAUGACAAAUUAUUGCUAGUACAAGCAUUGAGGAGGAAAGGUCAUGUUGUUGCUGUAACUGGUGAUGGAACAAAUGAUGCUCCUGCCCUUCAUGAGGCUGAUAUAGGUCUUGCAAUGGGUAUCCAAGGUACAGAGGUUGCCAAAGAGAGCUCUGAUAUCAUUAUUUUGGAUGACAAUUUUGCUUCAGUUGUAAAGGUUGUCAGAUGGGGACGAUCUGUCUAUGCAAAUAUUCAGAAAUUUAUCCAGUUUCAGCUUACAGUAAAUGUGGCCGCCCUAGUGAUAAAUGUUGUUGCUGCAGUUUCUACUGGUGCUGUUCCAUUAAAUGCAGUGCAGCUUCUUUGGGUAAAUCUUAUCAUGGACACCCUGGGAGCGCUAGCCCUGGCAACGGAACCACCAACUGAUCAUCUCAUGGAUCGAACUCCUGUUGGUCGAAGAGAGCCUCUCAUAACAAAUAUUAUGUGGAGGAAUUUGCUGAUACAGGCAAUGUACCAAGUAUCUGUCUUACUUGUACUCAAUUUCCGAGGUAGAAGCAUACUGGGUUUGAACCAAGACAACAAUGUGCAUGCAAUCAAAGUGAAGAACACUUUGAUAUUUAACGCAUUUGUUCUCUGUCAAAUAUUUAAUGAAUUUAAUGCUCGAAAGCCAGAUGAAUACAACAUAUUUAAAGGAGUCACAAGAAACUACCUCUUUAUGGGUAUAAUUGGAUUAACUCUUGUGCUUCAGAUUGUCAUCAUUGAAUUCCUGGGCAAGUUUACAAAAACAGUAAGGCUAAAUUGGAAGCAGUGGAUCAUCUGUGUCAUUAUCGGAUUCAUUAGUUGGCCUCUUGCUGUGAUUGGGAAAUUGAUACCAGUGCCAACUACUCCUAUCAAUAACGUUUUUUCGAAAUGUGGAACGUCUAAAAGCAAGGAACGCGAUGAAUCUCAGUAGAUGGUGUCUGCUUUUUCAAAGAAUCUCAUUCUGCUGUUUCUUUGGUUGUCUGACUGUCAGUAUAUAAUGGAAUGGAUACUGCACACGAACACGUUUAUCUUUCUACUGAUCUAACAUUAUUUUAACUUGUUAAUUUCGAGUUAUUUAUACUUAGGUUCUAACCAGAAUACACCGAAUCUCAGUUAGUCUUGCUUUUUGUUAAAUAUACAAACUUAACAAAUGCUGAUCAAUAUUUUGCAGAUUUGAAAAGUUGUAAAUCUAUUAAUGGUUUCGAUUUGGUUGUUUGUA